AUGUCACUUAGCACAAACAAAUCAGAAUUGACACUUUACGUCUAUCCGAACUACAGAUCUAUGCGCUGCGUUUGGUUAGCUACAGAGCUCGGAAUAAAGAGCGAUAUCAGAAUUAUACAAAUGGACCCCAGUGACUCUGAUAAAGGGAAAUGCGAGUCAUACAGAAGUACGGUGCACCCUCACUGUACUAUUCCUGCCCUGGUGCUAGAGGACGAGAAGACCAUUAUUGAGUCCGGGGCUAUUUGCCUGUAUUUGGCGGAUCUCCACAAACGUUUUAGCCCUGGGGCACAGUGGACGGCUGAAUACUACAACUGGGUAGUGUACGCCUGCAGCACACUGGACGACAUGAUGGAACAUAUCUUCGUGCAGUGGUGUUUAACACAUCCUGAAAAUCAGGAUGAAAACCUUGUGAAACGAAUGGCAUACAAAUUCCGGGACUUUGCUAAUUACUUCAACAAGUACAUGGAAGGGAAAUCCUACAUUUGUGGAGACACAUUUACCGCUGCAGAUUGUGUCAUAGGGUACAACAUUUGGUGGGCAUCAACAAUGAAAGAGGGCUGUCUUAUUAACGACCACCCUGAAAUCGUCCGCUACCUCGGCACGUUACAGCGCAGAGACGCCUUUCAACAGACAUUUCUCUCAUAA